CCUUCUUCCGAUACCGUUAACACCCGUACCCCGUACCCCGUCGCCCGUCCCUCGUCUAGAGGAAAUCUACUUCACUUACAUAUAUUUAAUAUAGUAGCCUCGCACGCGAUUGGUUACAUUACAUUUAGUUUCUUUGUGUUUAUUUUGACAAGAAAGAAGAAACCAGAAACCAGAAACCUUUCAUGUUUAUAUCAUAUCACUGAAAGGAAUAACGUGGUUAUGGACUAAGGAAUAAAAAGAAAAGAAAAAAAGAGAGAGAGAAGAGAAAGAAAAAGGGCACUUGCAAGAAAGUUCCUUGUGGUCCCCCUCCCCUUUUUAACUGGGGUCCCAAAUUUGGUAUCGGUUCGAUCAUGAACCAGACGUCGCGGACGGACGAGCCGUACGAGGGCGAAGGGCUCAACCAGAGCCCGAACGCCCUCUCGAACGACCUCGUCACCAACCAAGACCUCAAUGGCAUCGCUAACGCCAGAGAGCACAAGGGCGACACCUCGAGGAGUAUGGACAACUCGGGACAGCCUGUGACGGAUCGCGUUCCACCCGCCAUCGAGGAGGACCCUGAUGGUAGUGAUGUCGGUGCUACUGCGCCGAAUCUGACCAUCGCCGGUCGUACGAUGGGUCAGAUCCCUGGGCGGGCAACCAACCAGGGCAACGACGACGGCGGCUCGAUUGCCUCGCGGAAGCAAUCAUUUUGGCAGCGCGUCUGCCAAACCGUCGUCACCUUUGGCAAGUUUGUCGGGCCUGGCUUUUUGGUCGCCGUAGCAUAUAUCGACCCUGGCAACUAUUCUACCGACAUCAGUGCAGGCGCUGAGAAUCAAUUCCGUCUGCUUUUUAUUAUUUUGAUGAGCAAUCUGUUCGCUAUCUUCUUGCAAUGCCUCUCCAUCAAGCUGGGAACCGUCACGGGACUCAACCUGGCUGAGGCUUGCCGUGCAUUCUUACCAAGAUGGCUUAAUUAUUUCAUGUAUUUCUUGGCCGAAGCAGCCAUUAUCGCAACUGACAUCGCCGAGGUCAUUGGUACCGCUAUCGGCUUAAACCUAUUGAUACCCAAGCUACCCCUCGUUGCCGGUUGCGCUCUAUCGAUUUUAGACGUCAUGGUUAUCCUCUUCUUCUAUAGGCCUAACGAUUCUAUUAAGGGUCUCCGAAUGUUCGAGUGUUUUGUAAUGUUGCUCGUCCUCGCUGUUGUUGUUUGUUUCUGCAUUCAGCUCUCGCUUAUAGAGGAUACAUCCGUCGGCGAAGUCUUCUUAGGCUACGUACCAAAUGAUUCCAUAACACAGUCCUCGGGUUUGUUCCAGGCUUGUGGUAUCUUAGGUGCUACUGUCAUGCCUCACUCGCUGUACCUAGGCUCCGGCAUAGUACAGAGUCGCCUCAAAGACUAUGACAUCAAACGUGGCCUACUUCCUUCCGGACCACCAUCUGCUGCUAACAGUACUAUGGAUGAUAAGAUAGGAGAAAAGACCUACUAUAUUCCUAGUCUUUCAGCCAUCAAGUUCUCGUUGAAGUAUUCAUAUGCCGAAGUAGCUCUUUCUCUCUUUACGUUCGCACUCUUCGUAAAUAGCGCUAUCCUUAUCGUCGCAGGAGCCAGUCUCUACCAGAAUCCGGAUGCUCUCGAGGCCGAUAUUUUCGGAAUCCACGAUCUGCUUUCGCAAAGCAUCAGCCCCGGUGCGGGCACCAUCUUUGCGCUGGCGUUACUGUUCUCUGGUAUCUCGGCAGGUAUUGUGUGCACGAUCUCGGGCCAGAUGAUUUGCGAGGGUGCACUCAACUGGAAGAUGAAGCCGUGGCUCCGACGUCUCGUUACGCGGUCUAUCUCCAUCACGCCGAGUAUUAUCAUCGCCGGUGCCGCGGGGCGGGAAAAGCUCAACGCCGCUCUUAAUGGAAGUCAGGUCGCACUGAGCGUUGUCCUCCCGUUCGUCACAGCGCCGCUUAUCUGGUUCACUUGCUUCAACAAGUACAUGACCGCUCAACCAGGACAUGCCAGAUACAAGACGGAGGGAAAAGAUACAUUUGUGAUCAACGGCAAUGCCCUCAGUGUCAGCGCAAACGACGGCGAACUCGGCCCUGUGAACGGAGGUAGUCCCGUUAGAAUGGCUAAUCCGUGGUACAUUUCAGUGCUCGCCGGCAUCAUUUGGCUCAUAAUGGUGAUCAUGAAUGUGGCGAACCUUGUGCUGCUCGGCCUCGGCCAAGCAUAGUCGACGGACACACCAGUACCUCAACCCGAUCUCAUCCUAUAAACAAAAUACCAAAUGCCAAAUUCUGGUAAAGGUCGACAAAUUUGCGCAUUUGAGGAAUUAAAUCGGAAUCAAGCCCAUUGUUAAGGGUUUCGGCAUAAUCUUCCUGGCGGUGGCCUGC